UAUCAAUGCACUUUUGGAUGCUCACUAAACCAAAAACAAACGCGAAGAUUGUUUAAAAUUGCUUUUCCCUUUAAUUCUUUCAUUUAGAAGGUUAUUUUUUUUUAUUCUCUUAAAAAUUGCAUAUUUAUCUUCUUGUAGUAAGCAUAUCUACAUAUUACUGAUUGUUGGUCCUUUGUCUUUUCCAUAAACGACGCAGCUUGCAGUAUGAAGACUAAAAUGAAUUUUCGACAGGUGCUUUCCCAGGUGCUCAAUCUUCUGCUUGUGCUUUCAAGUGCAUACAUGGGCUAUAAAGCGUUAUCGUUUAUGACUGACUGUGAAAGCCCUGUUGUCGUGGUAUUGUCCGAAUCAAUGGAACCAUCGUUCCGUAGAGGCGAUCUUCUAUUUCUGGAUAAUCGAAAGCCAUCUAUAGAGAAAAAAUUAGAAGGGUCGGAACCUUCUCUUUGGGAAAAAAUUUGGCAUGGCUCUCCGUUGGGAAUUGGUGACAUUGUCGUUUAUUCUUUGCCGCACCGUCCGAUCCCUAUUGUUCAUCGAGUAGUCAAGUUGUACGAAUCAGAGAAUGAAACGAAGUUUAUAACAAAAGGUGACAACAAUCGAAUUGACGAUGUUGGCUUGUUUCCUCGGCCCAUGACUUAUUUGGAUCGUGAAAAGCAUGUAAUUGGUGUUGUUAGAGGAUAUUUCCCUUACUUGGGAAUGAUUACGAUUUGGUUGACAGACUAUCCCAUCUUAAAAUACGUAUUGUUGGGAGCACUCGGCCUUUUGACUUUAUUUCAAAAAGAAGAGUCCUCCUAGAACUUGGAAUGAUCCUUUCGUUCUUCUCUGUCUCUCUUUUGCAUUAAUAUAACCCUAAAAACUCACUUCAAGAGACGUACCAGUGGUCUGCAACAGGAGUAUUUCUUACCUUAUGGUAAGUAAUAUAUGACAAACCAAAUAGAAUGAUUUGGAAAAAUGGAAUAUCGAGAAAGAAUUAAUAGCCCAACCUAGUACAUAAUGAAUGGGUCUGUUUUUUCCUGACUAUGUUUGUUCAAAUGAUACUUUUUACUUUUUAAUAUUUUACUAUUAACUAAUAAUGGCAUUUUUCCUACACGUAUAUACAUUGAAUUUCGCUCCGUCCUGCUGACUUAACAUUCCUUUAUGCCUAAAUUAAGUAACGGCUUUGUGACCUUUGGUAGAACGUACAACAGCGUAGUUAGAUUCAACUUGGACGUAAGGAAAGUUGUUUAAUA